AUUUGUAAUAAAUUCGUGGUCAACUUUGCCCAGGAAUUCGUGCAAAUUUAGAAAUCUAACAAGUUUAAUUGUUGAACAAUCUAAAACACAACUGUACAAUAGAAAGAUUAAACACUGCUUGGUGACCAGUGGAUAUCUGCAGCAACCAGCAGAAUGUUGUCAUGGAGAUGAGUUGCCAUGGAGAUGAACAGUAUGAGGAGAUUCAACAGUACCUGCAGCAAGCACAGGAGGACAUAAGUAGGUCCUUUGAAGUAAAGCCAUCAGCCGGGUUUGAGGGUGAAAGGGCAGGCCACACGGAGGGAUUGCAGAAGUGUGAACAAAUCAGUGUGAAGUGUGAACAAGUGAGUGUGAAGUGUGAACAAGUGAGUGUGAAGGACAUAAAACCAGGGAAAGAAGUGUCACAAUCUAGUUGGUCUUACCCAUUAACUAGCUCCAGUAAAAAGUACCACACACAAUCUGGAAGCACAAGUCAAAUUGUAGGAGGAUGUAAUUGUGACAAAAAUAACAGUUUAGCAAGUACCAGAAAUUACUGUAAUAGGCCACCAGCUGAUUAUUCUAGCAGAACCACUUCUGUAACCUACCAGUCUGGGAUUUGCAAUAAUUUUAGAGGAUGUUACCUGGCGUCUGGUAAUGGUGCCAAAGAAAAACUAGACACACAAACAAAUGAUCUCAAUAAAACGGAUAAAAAAUUGUUUAAUGAUCUUGCUUACUGCCUACAUGAACUUGAUAAUGUCUUGCUGUCUGUAGGUAAUGAAUUACAAGUACCUUCCUUGAAAUAUGAAUGUAUUAGCAGAGACAUAAAGGGACAGCUAUAUGAUACUGAUUAUAACUUGAGUGUUAGAGGGUCCCCGACCUCCACUGAUAAUGUAGACUCCAGUCAUGGCUGGCUGCAACACAGAGAAACAGACUCCUGUAAUCAUAUGGAUGACUUACAGAAUUGCCCAUCCGCUAGCUUGCCUUUAAAAAACACAUCAACUGCUAAACCAAUUUUUGAUGUAUCACAGGAAGUUUCAGUCCAUUUAGACGCUACUGAUAUUGGGAGUUUAAAUGGAUCUCAUAAAAAGGUCAGCUCCUGUAGGAAAUCAAACAUAUCGAGUAAUACACAAAUUGAUGGCAGGCAGCUCCGUUAUCAGAGAAGUGGUGAGGGCGAAUUGGAUAAUAGGGGAGGUAAUUAUAGAAUAAAUGAGAGGAGGGCAGAGGCACACACAAGGCUGCCAAGUGGGGUGUCCAAAGUGGAGCGUAUUGGAGAUAUAUGUGAUCAAUCACUGAGGGCUGGAGGUGAUAGGGCGGAUCUGGAAGGAUUUCUUCAGGAAAUAAAUGUGUCUAUCAAUGAAUUAAUUAGUUCCGAUAAAAGUGAAGUAUGUGAUUCUGAUAAAAUUGAAGUAUAUGAUAAUGUUUCGAAAAAAAGAGAGAGAGGAAAUUUAGUUCAUCGUUUAAGGGAAACAGAGAAUAGUGGUGUAAGCUGUGGAUUUAAGAGUGAUACUCUGAAUGGAGAUAGUUGCAGUGUUGAAAAUAUGCAAAGUGUGGAAAAUGUUGUUGAGACAGAGGAGGGAUAUUACUGGCUGUCUUGCACAAUUGAGGAAGAAUGCAAUCCAAAGAGCAAAGAAGAAAGCAGGGAUAAAAGUGAUGAUGUAAGAAAAUGCAGUUUUACCAAUGAAAGUAUUGACAGUCGUGAUUUCAUGGGAAAAAAUCAGGACAAUGACGUAUCCACGAGUGUUGAAAUCAAAUUGACAGAUUUCGAUUGCAUUUGGCAUACAGCAGGUAAAAAGAAACCUGAACAAGAGUUGGUUUGCAGGGAUAUUACAACGGAUAAAGAUAUUUGCAAAACAUGUGAGGAUGUGCCUGGAAAUUUAUUUGAUGGUGAUAAAAUUCGCAGAUCUAAUUGUUCUCAGUCAAGUCGAAGCAGUGGGUGUUCUGUAAAGUCGGAUAAUCUGAGGGUGAUACAGGAAGACAGUGUUAUGACCAAGUCUGCUCCUGAUGGUUUAUCCAUGGGCUUGUCAGAGCGUCUAAAACAGGAGCUUGAAACAGUAUCUGCAGGUCACACUGACAAACAGCCUAAAAGGCGUAAAUAUUCAUGUCCUGGAAAUUUCUUCAAAAUAUUUCGAGUUGUAAGUAUUGACAUUCCACAUAUUUCUACCUCUCCUGGUGAUAGAAAAACUAAAGUUUCAGACAAAACUUCUUAUUCAAAUGAAUUUGAUGUGUUCAGUUCUUCAAGAAUGUUAUCUAAGACUAAGUCAUUUCAAACGUCUAGUAAAUCAAGUUUAGCUGUACCAAAAAAAGAAUUAGUGAGGAAAAAUUCCCUGCCUUCGAAAUUGCUUUCGCUUCCACUUAUAUCAAAGUGUAGGUCAAGGACAUAUGAAAGUGAUAUUUCUGCAAAAACUUCGUCUAUCACUGAGACAGAAAAAGCUGGCACACAGAUCAAUAGGUGCAGUGUCAGUGAUCAUUGGGAUGUGGAAGACAAAGCUGUGACAUCCAACUACACAGACACAGGGGUUCCGGAUAAAGAAGUCCAGUUCUUUGACAACAUCAUAUCUCCUCCACCAGGGUUCAUUUCGACUGGGGAUGGUUUUACCACAGGAGAACAGUCACACUUGGCGUCAGCUCCAGGGACGUUUCCAAGGGACCGCUCCUCAAGGGAGAUCGCUCUAAGUGAGAUCCCACAAACUUUGACCUCACCCCCACCUUUGACCCCACCCCCACCAUCACCAAAGAGAUCUGAGAACUUGAUUUGUCAGACGUUGCUGCAAUACAAGAACAGGAAACACAGUGUGGACAUGAUAUCAGGGGUGCAGUUCCAGAAACCUACUGACCCAACCAGGAGAAAAAGCAUGGAGUCUGGAAUACACAGUGAAUAUGCCGAUAUUGAUGAUUUUCGGGGAGAGGAGUGGAGUCCGGAUGUGCCACUGUGUCAGAAGGUUAUAAGUGGCCAAGGGAGAGAAUCACUUAAGGGAGGUAAUGAGAGUUGCAAAAGUUCUAGGGUUGUGGUUAAUGGAAGUACUCAUUCAACAAAAGAGCUUACAAACGUGUUGCAUUUACUGAACUCUUAUCAUCCAGACAAUGACGCCAGUGUCCCAAGUGCUAAAACUUGUGAUUUCCAACUGUGCCAGGAAAGUGGAGGGCAGACACCAUGCACAAAUGAUGAUGCAAUUUAUGCAACAGUUUACAAGAAAAGUAAACAUAAACCUCCACCUCCAGCCCCUCCGGAAAUAGAACAGAAUAACAACAAAAUGGAAACAUUACCAGACACUCCACCAAAAAUACCUCCUAAACCAAAGUAUUUUUCUGAAAGCUUUGCAGGUAAAGCAACCAAAGUGUGUUCAGACGACCAUUCACCCGAGUUUCAGAUUAUGUUCAAUUCUUUGAGUCCAGUCUUAGUCAGAAGGAAUAGUGCCAAAAAUAGACAGAAUCGCAGAAAUGGAAACGCCUUGGAAACAAGCCCCGAAAGUACGCCUGAAGUUUCCCCACGUGACCGAGUUACAGGGAACUCCAGGCAUCAUGACGUGAAGAAAAAUGGACAAGAAAGUUCACUUUUUAUGGACCCAAAAAUGGCACAAACAUGGCACGGUGCAACCAGCGCAAACUGGUCUAACAUUUACGGCCCCCAGAUGAGAGCCAUGAUGCGAGAGCUGAACGCCAUGACGACCGACGCUCACGACCACCAAGACAUUCCCGCCAUCAGCAACGGAGAACUGGACGAUUAUUCGGAAAGGUCAAGAACACUGCCGUCAAGGUCACUCCUGGAUGAAAUGCACAAAAAGUUUUGUGCCGAUCAGUAUGGCAUGGAUAAAGAUGCCGAGCUGGCAAGGGCAUUGGUUUUGUUUCGACUGAAAUCUCACCCUCCAGUGAAACCAAAGCGCAGCCAGAGUUUCAACAUCCGGAUGGGGAUGGGGUCGGGUCACACUCGAAUGGGCACGGGAGUCUCGAGCUCUCCUGCAAGCUCAGAGUCAUCUCCCUUGAUUCCCAGGGCGUCGGAGCGACUACGGAUCAAAACUAGGCCAGACUUUCAGUAUUCACCUAAACCAGGUAGACCAAGGGCAGCAACUCCAGAACUACUGAACAUUGAUGCAGUGGCUAUACAGGCAGAGAAUUCCAGACGAGAAGAAGCAGAGAUUGAGGCCAUUGAAGCAUGUCGCUGGUUGAGGGAGACGGGGUUCCCCCAGUAUGCCCAACUGUAUGAAGAUGGUCAGUUCCCAGUGGACAUAGACAGUGUGGAGAAGGAUCAUGAUUUCCUGGACAAGGAGGACAUACAGUCUCUAUUUAGGAGACUUAACACUCUAAACAAAUGUGCAAUAAUGAAAAUAGGAACACCUACCAAAAAGGAGUGUGAGGAUUCUGAUGAUGACGACCACCAGUGUGCUCUGAGUGACAAGUGGAAGUACCAGCGCAGCAGCCGACGCUGGUCCCGCAAGGAUCUCGAGACCUCGACCAGUCAGCCUGUGCAGCUGACCUUGCUGUCAGCUUCCAGCCACGACAGUCUUCUAGCCGACCAGAACAGCAGCAGUGAGACCGGGGAUAGUGCGCAGGCUGGGGACAGUCCUGUACUAGACUGCAAGAUGCAUCAUACAAACAGCCCGGACGCUAAUGGCAACAUGACAAUUGGCAUCAACCAAAAAGUGAAUAAAAAGGACACACCGAAAGGUGCUAAAGGACUUCUGAAAAGAAUGGAAAGUUUGAAAAGGACCCGAUCAAAGAAACAUAAGACAAUAACUGAGAUUAGUGGACCAGUGAUAACAAACUCUGCCGACAUGCAGGCAAAAAUAAAGCAUUUAAAUUGUCAAGAUAUUGGCUCGCCAGGUGAUUGGGGCAAGAUAACGAGUACCCAAAAUGUUCAUGUUGACAAAAUUACCUCCCCUAGAACUGAGGCUUUAACUGUGCUACCUUCCAGUUUAAAAACUGACUUAAAUUUGAACACAAUUACAAUGUCGUCAAAUAGUCAAACCACGCUUAUGUCUGUGCACACAAACCAUUUAACUUCAACACCAAUGCUUAGUGCUCCGUCAUUGUCACAAACCAGGGCCUUGGAAAAUGGUUCAGUGGAUGAUGCGUUCUCUUUGAGUUCAACAAAUGGUGCUUUAGGCCUUGAUACACCCUUGACAUUGGGCCGACAAAGUCUAGGCAGUGAUACAACAAACUCUUCAGAAGAUAACCUAUUUAUAUCUGGCCCGGGAAAGUUUCCUACUCUUCUUGACGAUUCACUGUUUGUUAGUGAUAACUCGGUUAGGGGUAGAAGUUUCAGCUACGCGGAUGACCGAAAGGAUGUUCCCGUAAAACGACGGUCUCUUGAUCCGAGAAAACACAUUCAUAGAGUUAGUAUUUAUGACAAUGUUCCUGUUGAAGAGGACUUGACCACUGCCCAACAAGAGCUGGACAUUAUUCUGUCCGAACUCUUUCAGAACAUCAAUGGACUCAAUAAGGCCAUCAAUGGCGAGGAUGCAGAGUUGCUAGAGCCCCCUCACCUUGGUAAAUUUGAUGAAUCGAGUCUCGUGAGUAGCCAGUGCCCCACCCCUGAGACUCUCUCAGAUCGCCUUGGCGACGACCCCUUACACGAGCAUGACGAGAACGAGGUCAUCAGCGCGACACUCUCGUCCCCUGACAUCAGUGACCCAGAACUUCCUGCGGAGGAAACGUCGCAUGAUGAUUCUGCAGAACACAUCCUGGUGCGUGAUCGCAGGGACUCUGGUGUGGGGUCGUCGCUGACACGGUCUAACAGUGAGAGAAGGAGGUAUCGAAUUCGUUGGCAUAGCUUCCAGAAAUCACAUCGGCCAACAUCAGAAAACAGAAACCUUCAAAUUGCGAGUCUUACGGCUCGCCAAAUAUUGGUGCUACGUAAACUGUUACUCUUGAAACUCACUGCCUUGAUAGAGAAACACGCCCCCAACCGCUCAGGAUGGUCCAUGACUGUGCCCAGAUUCAUGAAGCGCAACAAGGGUUCGGACUUUAAAGACAAACAUGUGUUUGGUGUUCCAUUUUCGGUGAUGAUACAGAGGACAGGGCAAGCUCUGCCCCAGUGUAUACUGCACGCAAUGAGGUACCUUCGUCGCACCUCUGGUGACGCAGUUGGAAUAUUCCGGAAGUCUGGGGUGAGAGUCCGCAUACAGAAGUUGAGGAAUGACCUGGAGGCUAACCCUGAGUCUGUAGACUUUGAGGAGAUGCAGGCGUAUGAUGUCGCCGACCUCGUCAAACUGUACUUCCGAGAACUGCCUGAAUGUCUGCUCACCAACAAACUCUCAGAGAUAUUCACCUCCAUCUUUAUAUAUGUGCCCAGUGAUCAGCGUCUAGAGGCGUUGCAGGCGGCGGUGGUGUUGAUGGCAGAUGAGAAUCGUGACGUUCUCCAGUCACUGCUCCUCUUCCUCAGCGACAUCUCCAAGCAUGCAAACAGGCAUCAGAUGACGGCCAGCAAUCUAGCAGUGUGUUUUGCUCCGUCUCUGUUCAACAUGGGAGGUCCCAGGAGUGCCAGUCAGACGCCUAGCCCGCGCAGGAACCGCAAGAACCCUGGGAUCCCAGACCCCCGGGAGCUGAUGGAACAGACAGCCGCGCACCAGUGCCUCACCCUCAUGAUCCAGGAGUGCAAAAAACUGUUCACGAUCUCUACAUCUACACUUAGUAAGUGUCGGGUUCUCUGUGAAGACCCCGUGUCUCUGGAGGAGUUGAACAGCCGGGUCGGGGACGGCGACAAGAACGGGUACGCUGCGCACAUCGAUGCCUGCAUACAGGGCCUGCUGAAAGAGUCGCGCGAGAAGUUCCGUGGCUGGGUGGGAUAUCCCACGGGGCUGGACGUAGAUGUUGCCUACAAGAAAGUGGGAGAUGGACACCCACUGAGGCUGUGGAAAUGUACAGCGGACAUUGAGGCACCGCCUGCAGAGGUUCUCAACAGGAUCCUGCAUGACAGACAACAGUGGGAUGAGGACCUGUUACAGUGGAGCACGCUGGAGAAGCUGGACCAGCAGACAGAGGUGUUCCAGUAUGAGAGGAAUAGCCUCGCACCCCACCCCACACGGGACUUCUGUGUACUCAGAUCCUGGAGGACAGACCUCCCCAAGGGAGCCUGUGUUCUCAUCUCAACAUCUAUAGACCACCCGAAGGCAGAGUCAAUGGGUGGCCUGCGCGGGGUGGAGCUAGCUUCAAGGUACCUCAUAGAGCCCUGUGGUACCGGCAAGUCUCGCCUCACCCACAUCAGCAGGGUAGAUAUCAGAGGACACAGUCCAGACUGGUACAAAAAGGUUUAUGGGCACAUAUGUGCAGGCUUUGUUGACAAAAUCAAGGCAUCAUUUGUGUGCACAACAGAAGGACCGGAGACAAAAGUCUGACCAGGUCGGCCUCAACUCAGAGACCAGCAAAGAACAUGAUUGGAGAUAGAACAUUGCUGAAUAAAUGAGGACAUCUCCAGAACAUGCUUGCACUGUUUUCGUAUUCUGUAUCAGUGAUGUUGAAUUGAGAUUUUGGAAACCAAAGGGACCAAAUAGUGAGCAUAAGGGUGGGGCAUGGUUCAAUGAUUUAAGGAACUUACAUAUGCAUGGCCUAACUGGCUUUGGGUCACACCACACAGUCAUUGUAGAUAACCAUUAUCACUGUCAUUAUGAAAUCCAUCACACAGUCAAUGAUAUUGAUUAUUCAACAUGAUAUUACUGUUUAUGCUGCUCUUUAUAGUGCUAUAUCAACUGAGAAAUGUGAUAUGCUAUGUAGCGAACCCAAAUGUAUAUUUUAUUAUUGCUAUUUCUAUUGGGUACACAGUCAAUAUUUCAUAUAUAUGCUUGUUUCCAUUCUGUGUAUUGGCAUUGAUAAUUUUUACAAAUAUUUGAGCUGUGCUCUGUGAAAAGGGGGUUUAAUGCAUGUGUGUAGAGUAUCGUCCAAGAUUAGGGGCAACACUUUUCACCUUAACAGGAUUUCUGCAAAGAAGAGACUAUCUUGAAAGGAAAAAUACCAUAAACACGGAAAAGGCUAGAACAUGCUAAUCUGGAACAACACUUUACGCACAUGCACCCCUUUUUCACAGAGCAUGGCUCAUUUAAUAGGUAUUAUGAAUUAUUUAUUCGAAACAUAUAUACAUCGUCAUGUAAUUUCUUAGAGUAUGAAUGUUGGUGAGGCCGCUUACUAUGGUAACAUUCCUCUUAUUAUGCACACAAAGAUGAAGAGUCACUUAAAGAUAAGGGCAGUAAUACUUACGAUUUUUUGUAUAUCAAAGACUGAUUCUAGCUUUUACAUAUUCACCUUUAUAACAUUAUUUCAUUCUUAUUAUUUACUAUAAUUCCAAAUUUACAGAAAAACUAUUCAAAACACAAGGAGUGAAGACAUUCAUAUGACAAACAACUUUUUUUUAUUUUUGCUCAUUCAUACCUCAUUCAACCUCUUGACCUCCACAUUGAUCAUAGGAUUGACCCAUGGUCAUGUGAUAUGAUUCAGUGUAUUGUAACCUGUAAAUGGCAGCUAUGUUUGCUUUAUGUUCAUGAAUGUUUCCAGUGUUUUUUAUUAAUCAUUAAUGUUGAUAAAAUGUCCACAGUAAAAGAACUACAAAUAUUCCAUUAAUUCAGUGGUAUCAUGAGAACAAUCAGGUUUAAUGCUCAGGCUGUUUUGAAGUUCAGUAAUACUUAAAGAGCUGCGGUCUGGGAAAACUGGGUUUAAUGCAUGUGUCAAAAGUGUCAUACCAGUCUGCACAGGCUGAUCUGGGACCACGCUUUACGCACAUGCAUUAAGCCUGUUCUUCUCAAAACGCGGCUCAUAUAUGUGUCGCAUUCUGAGAAAACUGGGCAUAAUGCUUGUGCUUAAAGUGUAGUCCCAGAUUAGCCUGUGCAGUCCGCACAGGAUAAUCAGGGACGACACUUUAUGCUUUAACUAGAUUUUUGGUAAAAAAGGACUUCCUUUAAACGAACAAUACCAUUAAAGUGUAAAGUGUCGUCCCUGAUCUGGGACGACACUUAACACACAUGCAUUUUGCCCAAUUUUCACAGAACAAGACACAUAGAGAUUAAUAACAAGAAGGACUAUGUGUGAUCUGUGCUCUUCAUUAAUGGUCAAACAGAGAACAGACCCAGGAUCAUGUCCCCAAAAGUUGCCACUCGUGUUAUGUAGUGCAUGUCUGUUCGAAAAUGCGUUGUCAUACCUCAGAUCUUGAACUCUUGCCUUAUUUUGAUAUUAGUUAACCCUUUACCACUUAGAUACGUAUUUAAUAAAUGUGAUAUCAUAAAAUGUGAAUGUUGCAAAUUGUACUGACUUUAAUUCUCAUAUUUUUAUUGGCAAAUAGGGCAACUUUAUGCUUCAGUGUUGCUAAUGGCCAGUUCCAGCUAUUUGUUACAUGUUAGAAUUGAACACUAGAUAGCUGUGUAGAAGGGACAUAUGAAAAUGCAUUUAAGUUUUGCCUUAACUUUAUGUGUUAAAAGCAAUACAUUCAGACCUCCAGCUUGCAUUUAUACAGAGAACUUAAUGGAUACAUUUUUAUUUUCAUUCUUUAGAACUGAGAUAUUGCAUAUGCAACACAUUAUUGAUAUGCAUUUGAUGAAAGUAAUGUAACGUUUGUAAAAACAAUUGCAUGUCCUCAAUUUCAUCUUAAACUAAAUUGUAUUAAUAAAUUCUUCUUGUUUGUUGCAUCAACAACUGUGUGUUAUAAUAAAAGAAAGUAAAUAAAGAAAACCAAAUUGAAUUUAGAAUGUAUACUAGUAUAUGCUUUAUUUAUUGUGUUCCCUUAAAAUGGUGAACACUUACAUGUUUCUGUACACAAAAUCCAAGUGUGAAUUAUGUGAAAAAGUAGCAUAAAUUGUAACCCACAGUCGUUUACAACUAUUAUAAACAUGUAAAUUAUAAACAACUGUAUUGGACAAAUAUAAUUGUUUAACAUUGCAUAUUAGAUACCUGUCAUGUUCAUUGUUUUGUUAAGUCUGUUAAACUUAAGGAGGUAAUUAUUCACGUCGUAUUGUGUUCUCUCUUUGUUAAAAUGUUGCCAUGAUAAAUAUAUAUUUCUGGUCCAUAUUGUAUUGUAUUAUUACUAUUAUUAACUGCAUAUGUUCUGUAUAAUUCCCAUUGUUCUGUUAUUAUAUUCAUUGAAAUUAAUAAAUAUGAAAUAUAAA